AUGGGAAAACGUAUCGUCUUCACCGGAGGCUCUGGCAAGGCCGGCCGCCAUUGCAUCCCAUACCUCCUAGCACAAGGCCACCAAGUCCUAAAUUUGGAUCUGAACCCACUCCCCAACCCUGACGGCGUGGGCCUCAACCCAGACGUGUACACUCUAAAAUGCGACCUAACAGACAGCGGCCAAGUCUUCAACGCGCUCUCCUCGCACUUCAACAUGGGCGAGUACGAGAUUGAGCGCAAUCUGGAAAAAGAAUCACCAACCACCCCACCAGAUGCAGUGAUCCACUUCGCAGCACACGCGCGCAAUAUGCUCGUCCCAGACAACGAAACCUUCAAAGCCAACGUAGUCAGCACAUACAACGUCAUCGAAGCAGCCUGCAAACUCGGCAUCAAGAAAGUGAUCAUCGGCAGCUCGGAGACCACCUACGGCGUCUGCUUCACGCAGGGAGACUCGGAGUAUCACUCCUUCCCGCUGGAGGAAGACUAUGACGUCAAUCCGAUGGACUCGUACGCUCUCAGCAAGCUCUGCGGUGAACAAACGGCGCGGGCCUUUGCGCGCCGAUUCAGCGCUGACAUCUACGCCCUGCGCAUCGGGAAUGUCAUCGACCCUAUCCAAUACGAGACCGAGUUUGCGGGGUUUGUGAAGAAGCCCGAGACACGUAAAAGGAAUGCAUGGAGUUAUGUCGAUGCUCGCGAUCUGGGCCAGAUUUGUCACCUAGGUGUUAUGAAGGAUGGGUUGGGAUUUCAGGUUUUCAAUGCUACGAAUGAUACUAUCACGACGGAGGUGCCGACAGAGGAGUUUUUGAAGAGCAUCUGUCCUGGGACUCCGAUUACGAGGAAGAUGGGGAAGUGGGAGGCGCCCUUGAGUAAUCGGAAGAUUAGGGAGGUGUUGGGGUUUAAGGAUCAGCACGAUUGGAGGAAAUAUGUUACCUUGUGA